AUGUUUCCGUCUUCUAAUGAACAAGAUGGGAGCCAGCCUCUUGAGGCACGUUUGCGUAAUCUCAUUAUCAGCAACGCAAACGCGGACUCAAAUGCAAAUCAAGUCACAAAUGUUGGACAGCAAGCCCCAGGAAAUACGCAGGUACCAGCUCAAAUGAUGCCAGCCAAUCCUACCUUUCAGGAGCCUCCACAUCUGCCACCUCACAUGCAAGCGGCAACUCCUACCGAGAAGCAAGAAUAUCUUGCAAAUGCUGGUUCUCGCGCCCCCCAGGUGCAAGGUCAAACUCACGGUCAAACACCUCGAAAGAGGCUCAAUCAAGCCCAAAGACGGCAGAUGAACUCCCAAAUCUCAAUCCCCGUCGAUACCAGGCCUACUCAAACUGCUUAUUCUAGCCGUGGUCAUGCCCCUGGUGGUGGCCAACCUCAAGCUCAAUGGGGUCCCGGUUACAACGGUGCGCCACAGAACCAGAAAUAUCUGCAGAACCAAAAUUACUCCCCUCGCCAUCAACACACUGGUCCUCCUACACCUUACUCCCCACAAAAUUUCUUUCCGCAAGGUAGCCCCGGUUCCCCAAUGCACCAGUACCAAUCAGGGCCACAUCCUCAGAUGACACAGAGAAGUCCACAUCAAUCACAACACUUUCAACAGGGUCCGUAUUCUCCAAGGCCUCCCCAACAAAGCCGACAACUUUACCAACCUGGUCCUUACCAAGGCCAGGGAAGACGUCCAUCAUUCAAUCGUGAUCCCCAGGAACUAAUAGUUCAAGGAGUGUUUCUUGAAAAUAUGUUGCAAGAAUCUAUUCCUGUAGUUGUGAUUGAUCCUCAAGAGGCAGCCGAGAAGGAAGAUUUCAGGGCUCUGGUUGAGAAAGCUUGUCGAGAAUCCAUUGCUGAGCACGAAGUGCUGGGGUUGGGCAAUAAGGAGUUCAACGAAUCGACUGUGGAAUUACAGUGUUUUGGUAGCAUGAUGUCUGGGUUUGCAACAAAAGCAUCCGACAUGGAUCUUGCGCUGCUGAGUCCCAACUCAAGCCCUGCUCCGGAAUCUCCAGAUUCUGCAAUUCCUCGUUUAUUGGAGAAGAAGCUACUGAGCCUGGGAUUUGGUGCUCGUCUUCUGACGAGGACAAGAGUUCCAAUUAUCAAGCUUUGCCAAAAACCUACAGCUAAGCUAAAGGCAGACUUGCUCGAGGAACGAACUAAGUGGGAGACUGGAUUUGUCGCGGAGCAAGAAGAGGAGGAAGCGAUCGAUGUUGACGCUUCCAAAAAGGAGCCAAGCGAUGAGCGUCCCGAUGCUGGUGUCAGUCCCAUAUUAGAGAAAACAUCAGUUAAGCCCAGCGAUAUCUCGUACGAAGGAAAACUGGCAACAUUGAAACAGAAGGAGGGCCAAACACUCGUUGACUAUCACAAUAACGCCAAACGCCUUUUGAGACGGCUCAACGGUCGAGACAUUACUGCAACAUCGCCCGAUCUCAAUGAUGAAGAAUUGAAAAUCCUCAAUGACGUCUGCAAAGCAUUGAUCUCUGGCCUUUCCUCGUCGCAGCUGGCACUCCGGCUUAGAAAUUAUCAAACAAUAGCUCCAUUAUUUGAUCAGUCGCUCCAGCCUAUUCAACGAACACUUCAUGGAGUUGCGAUCCAAAUUGAAGGAGAGCGGUUGGCCAUGGCCUGGGAAAACCGUCCUCUCGCUGAGUAUGACGAGAGACGUGAAUUUCAAGGCCUAGCGGACGUUGAAGAGUGGCGAGUUCUCCAAGACAAGCAAGGACCAAUCGUCGAGUCCUUGGCUUUUGAUAGGCUUCUUUGGGUGGCUGCAGAGAAACUAAAGAAGAUCACUUCCUUACAGCUAGUUGCCCUCGAGCAGAAUCCACAGGAAGAGCCUGUAUCUUACUAUACCAGGGCUCAAAAGUUGUUCGAAGCUCUGAGGCACCAUGGUUCAUCUAAUGAUACAGCGAUACCCAUUUUCAAGGCUCAUUAUAUGGCUGGCAUUGCCGACAAGGCGAUCCGCGAGACACUGCAAUUGUCAAUUCACACAGAUGCCACCCUUCAACGCCUCAAUGUGCAGCACAGGGUCUUGCAGCUUGUGGCUGAUUACAAGCAUGCCCUACAAGUCGAUCUCUACGACCAUGCUGAUCGCCCACAUGUAGAACAAUAUCUAUCUCUACUGAACAGCCUCAACUAUACUGACCCUGCUGUACGCCUAAUAACGCCACUAACUAGCUCCGAAGAGGCCUUGCUUGCGAAGGUGCGGACACUUCCAGAUCCGACUACUGUGUCACCCAACAAACCUCGGGAUCGAUAUAAGGACCACCUUGAGUUUCCCAAGACAGACAUCGGAAUACAAUGUGAUAUCAACUUCUCAGCACACCUCGCAAUUCAUAAUACCUUGCUCCUACGCUGCUAUUCGCAUUGCGAUCCACGAGUUAAACCUAUGAUUUUGUUCAUAAAGCAUUGGGCGAAGGUUCGAGGAAUCAAUACUCCAUACCGAGGCUCUCUCAGCAGCUAUGGCUAUGUUCUGAUGGUUCUUCACUACCUUGUCAACGUUGCUUCCCCUGCCGUGUGCCCGAAUCUUCAAAUUGACCGCAAGGAUCCGCCCUCCUACCUUCCACCCGCAGAAAUCGAGGCUCGAACAACUUGCAAUGGCUGUGACGUGCGGUUCUGGCGCAACGAGGCUGAGAUUAAGGAUCUGGCUGCCAAAAAAAUGCUCAAUCAUAACCACGAUUCUGUCGGAGCAUUACUUCGAGGUUUCUUCGAAUAUUAUGCCCAACCCGGACAGAUGUCGACUGGAAAUCAUAGAGGCUUCGACUGGGGAAGGGAGGUCUUGAGUCUCCGCAGCAAAGGCGGGAUCGUGACCAAGCAAGAAAAGGGUUGGAUUGGUGCAAAAACAACUUUCGAGACAAAAAUAGUAGCACCUCCAGCGGCUUCGACAGCAAAAUCUCAAGACUUUUCUGAGAAUGCCACUCCAGGAGUAGAAGUUCCCGAUACCAAAAUUCAUAUACCCAAAACAGUCGAAGAAACAAAGGAAAUCCGCCACCGCUACCUCUUCGCUAUUGAAGAUCCCUUCGAACUCGACCACAACGUAGCCAGAACCGUCACACACAACGGCAUUGUCUCCAUUCGCGACGAGUUCAGACGUGCUUUGCGCAUUAUUCGCGCUGCUGGCAAGCCGGAUCAAAGGGACGGUGGACUAUUAGAUCCGCUUGAUACUACAGGGAGCACUACGAAGGGCACUUGGCUGGACUUAUGGCAUUUGAUUCAUGGGCCUGCCCCGAAGGAGGGUAUUAAAAUGGAGAAGGAUUUGGGGUAA